GAUCCCAAAGAAGAAGAAGAAGAAGAAGAAGAAGAAUGCGACGUCAUCGAACUGCUGCCAGUAGAAUUGUGGUCAAAAUGUAAACAUCAGAAGGAAAAUCACAGACUAUAUGAACAGAGUUAUUAAAAGCAGCCAGGUUCUCUAAAGUCCUGCCAUUGACUGCAUUGUCGUUGUUGCCACACGAGCAGGACAAUAUGAAUCCACUCAGUUCAGAGAAGGAAACGUUGAUUGAUGAAAUUGAACAGAGUUUAUUCACUUUAACCGUGGACAAUUUACGCUACCUGUGUGAACGUCAUGGCAAAGAUGGAUCUGAAAUUAAAGGGAUGAAUCAUCGCUUAUUAAGGCGUAAAGUCAUGGAGGAAAUGUGGGACAAGACGGAUUCAAUGAAAUCAGAGGAGCAGGGAAUGUCUUGGUUAGUCCAACUGAAAGAGGACAUCAGAAGGAUGCUGGAGGAUGCUAGUGGGGCACAAAUUAGUCCCAGCAAGUCCAAUGAUGAUGAUGCUAUCGACUAUGACGAAGAAUGCGACAAGGAGGACAGCGAUUGGUUGCCUAGCAAUGGACUGAAGGCGGAACACUUGAGUUCCAGCCAAUCCGAUGACGACACUGCAGACUGCGACAAAGACUCGGACGUGGAGGACAAGGAUUGGUUGGCUAGCGAUGGGCUGGAGGCAGAGUCAGAUCCAGAGAGGCACACUCCAGAGCAGAGAGUUAGAGAGGAUUUCCAGGACAAGCCUCCCCCGCCCCCCUCCCCUCGCCCAGAGUCCCCAGGUCGUGCCUUUCCCAGUAGUAUCUUACUGCAGAGUCAGAAGAGGGUGUCUGUGCGGCUGGUCGACUGCAGGAAGACACCGGGGCAGAGUAGCCAUAUAAUACACAAGACAACACAGACGGGAGAGAAACCCCACAGCUGGUCUAAUGCUGAACAACACAAAACCCUCUCAGGAGACAGGCCUGGCUCCCAUAUCUGUGAUCACUGUGGGAAGAAUUUUACCACAGCAAGAAGUCUACAACUACACCUACAGAACCUGAAGAGAUUCAGUGAUACCGUCACUGCAGACAAACCACACGUGUGCUCUGAAUGCGGAAAGGGAUUCUCUCAGGCCUACAGUCUUAAGAUACAUUGGAGAACUCACACUGGGGAGAAACCGUACGUUUGUUAUCAGUGUGGGAAGGGUUUCACUGAAUCUGGAACCUUAAAGAGACACAUCAGAACUCACACGGGAGAGAAACCUUUCCACUGCUCUCGUUGUGGGAAGGACUUUAUUGAAUCUGGAGGCUUGAAGAAACACAUCAAAAGAACUCACCAAGGAGAGGAGGUCGUUGUCCCUCAGACGAGCGUCCAUACAGGAGAGAAACCUUACCAUUUCUCCUCUGACGACUGUGGGAUGAGCUUUGCUACCUCACGCGAACAGAGACUACAACAGAGAAAACACACAAGAGAGAAGCUUCGCAGCACACCUAAUGCUAAGCAACGCAAGGAACCCCUCUCAGGAGAUGGCUCCCAUAUCUGUGAUCACUGUGGGAAGAAUUUUACCACAGCAAGAAGUCUAAAACUACACCUACAGUACCUGAAGAGAUACAGAGAUAACUUGACUGGAGAGAAACCACACGUGUGCUCUACAUGCAGAAAGGGAUUCAGUGAGGCCGGCAGUCUUAAGAGACACCUGAGAACUCACACUGGGGAGAAACCGUACGUCUGCCAUCAUUGUGGGAAGGACUACAAUGAUUCUGGAAACUUACAGAAACACAUCAGAACCCACACAGGUGAGAAACCUUACCACUGCUCGGAUUGUGGGAAGAAUUUCCGUGUAAAAAUAAGCCUGAAACAUCACCAGGAAAUUGUUCACACAGACCACCCUCACCGCUGUGGUCAAUGUAAGAAGAGUUUCAUAACUGCAGAAAGACUGGAAUCACACAUUAAGACUCGACACCCGCCUAGUGAUCCUCUGAAGAACCCACACGUGUGCUCUGAAUGUGGAAGGGGAUUCAGAUAUGCCGACAAUCUUAAAAUACACCUGAGAAUCCAUACUGGGGAGAAACCGUACGUCUGCCCUCGUUGCGGUAAGGAUUUUACCCAAUCAGGACUCUUACAGAGACACAUGAGAACUCACACGGGAGAGAAACCCUAUCACUGCUCAGUGUGCGGGAUGAAGUUCCGUCAUACAAUCUCGUUAAAGCAGCACCACCUGAAGAACCACAAGGGGGAGACACUGGGUCCAGUCCGUAUGCACCAAGGCCCUCUUCCAUGCCCCCACUGUGGGGAGAAGUUCUCUACCAAGGCUCUUCUGAAGGAUCACAUUCAGAAGACCCACAACAGCCGUGUCCACUGCCCACAGUGCGACAAGACCUUCUCCACUAAACGUAAUUUACUAGUCCACCAGAGGAAGCACACUGGAGAGAGGCCUUACCUUUGCCCUCAGUGUGGGAAGAGUUUCUCCCUGACAGGGAGUUUAAAACUUCAUCUCCGGAUUCAUGCGGGUGAGAAACCUUACUGCUGUACUUACUGUGACAAGAGCUUCACAAGUAAGAGCCACUGCAUUCUUCACCUGCGAAUCCACACUGGAGAGAAACCGUACCAAUGCCCUGACUGCGGGAGGAGGUUUCGUGAUGGGAAUGUCUUGAAAAACCACCGGCGGACCCACACAGGAGAGAAACCGUUCCAGUGCCGCUUGUGUGAUAAAGCCUUUGCUCAGUUGAGCAGUCUGAAGAAACAUCAGGAGACACACAGGCAAACUCAGCCUGUCUCUGUCCCAAGACUCCUAAUCCCUACCCACCACCCAAUCAGAUCCCAGAGUGCCUUCUUUUACAAUUCCACCCUCCUGGGAUCCCAGAGUGCCUUCUUUUACAAUUACACCCUCCUAGGAUCCCAGAGUGCCUUCUUUUACAAUUCCACCCUCCUAGGAUCCCAGCGUGCCUUCUUUUACAAUUCCACCCUCCUAGGAUCCCAGAGUGCCUUCUUUAGAUGGUGA